UGGGCUGGCUUGCUGAGAAGCUGCCCACCCUGCGUACAGUGCCUACAGACCUCAUGCUGUGCGUGCCUCACCUGUACACCUGCCUGGAGGACCGCAGCGGAGACGUGCGCAAAAAAGCUCAGGAUGCACUUCCCUCUUUCAUGAUGCACCUGGGCUAUGAGAAGAUGAUCAAGGCUGCUGGCAAACUGAAGCCGGCGUCAAAGGACCAGGUGGUUGGCAUGCUGGAGAAGGCCAGGGCCGUGAUGCCAGCCAAGCCUGCAGUUCCUGUCAAAGCUGCAGCUUCCAAACCCGCCUCCAGUGCCCCUGCUGCCAAACCAGCCUCAGCUCCAGCCAGGAACCAAAGUCCCAGUGAAGAUUUUAGUGAACCAGAACCCAAACCAGACACUAAGAAAGCUAAACCAGCAGGUCCUGCGGCUAAAAAGGGUGUUGUGGGUAAGAAACCUCCAGUUAAGGCUGGUGCAAAGGAUGAGGAGGACAAAUCUGGUCCCAUCUUCAUCCAUGUUCCCAACGGCAAAGAGCAGAGGAUCAAGGAAGAGAAGACAUUAAAGAUUCUCAAGUGGAACUUCACGACUCCUCGUGACGAGUACGUGGAGCAGCUGAAGGCUCAAAUGUCGACAUGUCUGGCAAAGUGGCUCCAAGACGAACUUUUCCACUUUGACUUUCAACGCCACGUAAAAGCUAUUGGAGCCAUGAUUGAGCACAUGGAGCCAGAGUGCGAGGCUGUGAUUAGCUGUCUAGACCUGAUAUUGAAGUGGUUUACUUUGCGGUUCUUUGACACAAACACCAGUGUGCUGAUGAAAGCCCUGGAGUUCCUCAAGCUGCUCUUCACCAUGCUGAGCAGGAAGAACUACCAGCUCAAUGACUAUGAGGCCUCAUCUUUCAUCCCCUACCUGAUCCUCAAGGUUGGAGAGUCGAAAGAUGUGGUGCGUAAAGAUGUCAGAGCUAUUCUGACAAUGUUGUGUAAAGUCUACGCGGCCAGUAAAGUCUUCCCCUUCCUUAUGGAGGGGACCAAAUCAAAGAACUCCAAGCAGAGAUCUGAAUGUCUUGAUGAGCUCGGCUGCCUGAUUGAGAACUUCGGUAUGAAUGUGUGCCAGCCGACUCCAGCCAAAGCUCUUAAAGAAAUCGCCGUUCACAUUGGAGACCGUGACACUACGGUCCGCAACGCUGCGCUCAAUACAGUCGUGGCCGCCUACAAUGCUUGUGGAGACCAAGUCUUCAAACUCAUUGGCAAACUGUCCGAGAAAGAAAUGAGCAUGCUGGAAGAGAGAAUCAAACGUUCGGCCAAGAAGACGCCUGCAGCCUCAGCCAAACAGGAGAGACCACAGAGAGAACAUCCUGCAAAUCCCAAUGCAACCUUCCUGCGCAAGCCUGCUCAAGAGGAAGUGCCCAACAAGCUCAAAAUAAUGUAUCGCACUUACAGGAUUCAAGCUCGGGCACAGAAUGCUCACUUGGAGCAGUCAGCUCCGUCCAUCCCAAAAGAGUUUCAGCUGGAUCUGGAUGUGUUCGAGAACAACCACACAUGUGCCAGAGAAAUCCCUGACCUGGUGCAGCAUAAACUGGAUGAAGUUCUGGAGCCGGUCAUGAUUCCGGAGCGCAAGAUUCGUUCAGUCUCUCCUCAUUUUGAUGACAUUCACAACAGCACUGCCUCCACCAUCAACUUCGUCAUCUCCCAGGUGGCCAGUGGAGACAUUAACACCAGUAUCCAGGCCUUGGCACAGAUCGAUGAGGUCUUGAGGCAGGCGGACAAAGCGGAAGCCAUGUCUGGACACAUCGACCAGUUCCUCAUCGCCACCUUCAUGCAGCUGCGGCUCAUUUACAACACGCACAUGGCCGACGAUCGGCUCGACAAGAAGGACAUCUUCAAACUCUACAGCUGUAUCAUAGGAAACAUGCUUUCUCUGUUCUCGAUGGAGAGUCUGGCGCGGGAGGCCUCCAUGGGCGUCCUGAAGGACCUGAUGCACGGUCUCAUCACGCUGAUGUUGGAUUCUAGAGUGGAGGACAUCGAGGAUGGACAGCAGCUCAUUCGCUCCGUCAACCUGCUCGUGGUUCGAGUUCUAGAGAAAUCCGACCAGACCAACAUCCUAAGUGCUUUGCUGGUGCUGCUGCAGGACAGUCUUAUCAGCACCGCCGGCUCCCCCAUGUUCUCUGAACUUGUCAUGAAGUGUCUAUGGAGAAUGAUCCGUUUCCUGCCGCAGACCAUCAACAGUAUUAAUCUGGACCGCAUCCUGCUGGAUGUCCACAACUUCAUGAAGGUUUUCCCUAAAGAGAAGCUCAAACAGCUGAAGAGUGACGUUCCCCAUCGGACGCUGAAGACACUGCUGCACACGCUCUGCAGGCUCACUGGCGCCAAGAUAUUAGAUCACAUGUCCAUGAUUGAGAACCGCAACGAGUCGGAACUGGAGGCUCACCUAAGGCGGGUGGUCAAGCAUUCGGCAAACCUCUCUGGACUCAAGUCCGACAAGUGCUCAGAGAAGGGCGCCCUCAGAUCGGAUGACAAAGUGAUCAUGGCCAAAGUGAGCGACAUCCUGUCUGAGAUCUUCAAAAAGAUUGGCUCCAAAGAGAACACUAAAGAGGGUCUGACGGAGCUGUAUGAAUACAAGCAGAAGUACUCUGACGCAGACCUCGAGCCCUUCUUGAGGAACACGUCCCAGUUCUUCCAGAGUUACGUGGAGCGAGGACUCCGCAUGAUUGAGUCAGAGCGUGAAGGAAAAGGCCGAAUCCAGACCUCCACAGGUGAGUUGCACCGACUUUUAUGUAAGCCGGAGGAAGACCGACCUCCUCUCAGCUCCCUGAGACCGUCGGUGGCCUCCUCCACAGACAUGCUCCACAGCAAACUGUCCCAGCUGAAGGAGUCCCGCGAGCACUUCCAGCAGGAGCAGUCCCACUCCCACAGCCCCACCCGCUCCUCCUCCCCCGCCUCCAACCUCGAUGACCUCAAAAAGAGGCUGGAGAGGAUAAAGAGCAACCGUCAGUAG